AUGAAAAGGAGAUGGUUAGACUUCCAACGAUAUUCAGCGCCAUUAACUGUGUUCCAUUAGUAGUAUUAGUCUGCUCGAAUAUUUUGCUCAAGAGUACCAGGAGAGCCAGCCUCUAUAGAAGGGGGCUCAUGAAGCUGAUGUUCCGGGCUAUAUCGUAGUCACUCAGUAGCAAGUCGAUAUUCGUUAAAGUCAGUAUUUUCUAGUCUCGAUCACCGAAGAAUCGUGCUUCUUCGGGCCUUCUCGAGGGAAAACAUUAAGUGCUUAUCAAGUUCCAGUAAAAAGAAUUGAUUGAAAUGUACAGCCCGUCGUUAGACAACAAUUUACAAAAUCUAGAUGAUGCAAACGAGGUGGUCAUUAAAUUAUGGCAUCAAAGGCCGAAGCGCGAGGUUAGUGGAGAUCAGUUAGUUGGGAUAAACCAGUGGCUUUUGGAUGGAGCGCCUUCUACAGAGCAUGGAGAAAGCGAAGAGGUGCCCAUUAGGAAAGAUGACAAUACUGUUUCCGAAGCGGAUCUACACUUAGCGGAACGCCCUGCGUACAAUAGAGAUACUAUUCAGCCGGAUCAAAUUGCACAUAGUAGUGAUCUUCCAACAAUUCUUCCGGUGCCAAAUGUCGCGUCAAACCUAACAAGUCAAUCCGCAGUAAUAUCGGAGUAUACCCACAACCAGCCACCGAGUUCUGCUCGUACAGAACCGACCUAUGAUCCACAAGUUUACGCGAGAAAUAGUGUUAUCGUUAGUACGAAGCACAUCGAACCUUUGCGCGAAAUGCAGCCCGUACAGCAUGCAAAUCUUAGGUCAGCGCCAAGCCAAGUCAUGUAUGAGUUGCCAAGAGAAACGAUCGUGGAUCAAACUCCGUCCUGGAAGUAUGCAGUCCCCAGUCAGAGAGCACCACCAAACCAACGGAUGAUCACACCCAACGCGGAGAACUUGGGCACUCAGCAGCUUCACGGCUACCCAACGAUUGUAGUACCGUCAACAAGUAGCUCUUACUACGAGCUAAAAUCGCCAUCCGAUGCAGCAGAACUGGCUCCUGGAUUGAAUUGCGCAGAAUAUAUUCCAUCGGCACAACCAAAUUCUUACUUGCGAUCAUCGGAGCCUAGGUUGGUCUACAGCAUUCCAUCUUCAAGCCAUGCUCAAGCUGCUCCGCAUCCGGCACCAGCAGCCCCAGUCGUUCAAGACAUCUACCCCUCGGCUUCGUCCAGCUACGCCCAUGCUGCCAAUGGACACGCCCAUCCAGCGGCCGGUAUCAGCAUCGUCUACUCGGCCGUCGAAAAGCCCAUCACAAGGAAGAGACCAUACUCGUACGGAACCAGGUACAAUGGCAACAUUAGCGAGAAGAAACACGACAAACAGGGCGGUUUUCAUCAGCCUGUGCCUCAACAGUACCAGGAAACCCGGCCGUUCUUGUGCAACACCUGCGGAACGUCGUACCUCACAGAGCAAGACAUGCGUGAGCAUUGUCAGAGUCACGAUCCCACCACAAUGAAGCGGUAUGAGUACGAAAGUUACGAGAAUCACCAGCAGAAUGUGAAGGAUCGCGAUCGACAAUUCGAAGCGGAUCAUGGCACAUCGUCGCAUACGUGUAUGAUCGAGGGCUGUCCGAAGACGUUCGCACGGCGCGAUGACAUGCUGGUGCACUACAAGUGCCACGAGUAUCGACUGAUGCGUGAAAGGGAGAUAGCGAGGUGGCGAGAGGACAUGGAGAGUAACCUAGUUUAGUGCACGGAAAUCGGUUCCACUGCCGUCUGACGCUGGCCCACUAUCCCCUUUCUAUGCCCACUUAACGGAUUCCGCAUGGAACAACUUUAUUUACAUUAUGCUGAUUUUAUUUGUAAUUACUAUUAUAAUAAGCCAUACGUUUUUUGUGUGUGAUUUUUAUCGAAUAAUAGCGAAUUGUUUACGAUAAUUGUAUAAGUACAAGAACGUGUCAUUAUGAAAAUAAAAAAGUCAAUUGUUUUUUUA